AGCCGGUGCGCACCGCCCCGCCGCGCCCCGCGCGCCGCACCUCUCCUCGCCUCUGCAGCCCCGGCCGCCGCCGCCGCGCGCCCGACCCCGCUCCCGGCACCAUGAGCUUCGGCUCCGAGCACUACCUGUGCGCCGCCUCCUCCUACCGCAAGGUGUUCGGCGACGGCUCGCGCCUCUCCUCGCGCCUGGCGGGGGCGGGCGGCGCGGGCAGCUUCCGUUCGCAGUCGCUGUCCCGCUGCACCGUGGCCUCCUCGGCCGCCUGUUCGUCCGCCUCGUCGCUCGGCCUGGGCCUCGCCUACCGCCGGGCGCCCGCGCCCGACGGCCUGGACCUGAGCCAGGCGGCCGCGCGCACCAACGAGUAUAAAAUCAUCCGCACCAACGAGAAGGAGCAGCUGCAGGGCCUCAACGACCGCUUCGCCGUGUUCAUCGAGAAGGUGCACCAGCUGGAGACGCAGAACCGCGCGCUGGAGGCCGAGCUGGCGGCGCUGCGGCAGCGCCACGCCGAGCCGUCGCGCGUCGGGGAGCUGUUCCAGCGCGAGCUGCGCGACCUGCGCGCGCAGCUGGAGGAGGCGAGCUCGGCGCGCGCGCAGGCCCUGCUGGAGCGCGACGGGCUGGCCGACGAGGUGCAGCGGCUGCGGGCGCGCUGCGAGGAGGAGAGCCGCGGGCGCGAGGGCGCCGAGCGCGCCCUCAAGGCGCAGCAGCGCGACGUGGACGGCGCCACGCUGGCGCGCCUCGACCUGGAGAAGAAGGUGGAGUCGCUGCUGGACGAGCUGGCCUUCGUGCGCCAGGUGCACGAUGAGGAGGUGGCCGAGCUGCUGGCCACGCUGCAGGCCUCGUCGCAGGCGGCGGCCGAGGUGGACGUGGCCGUGGCCAAGCCCGACCUGAGCUCGGCGCUCCGGGAGAUCCGUGCCCAGUACGAGUCCCUGGCCGCCAAGAACCUGCAGUCGGCCGAAGAGUGGUACAAGUCCAAGUUCGCCAAUCUCAACGAGCAGGCGGCGCGCAGCACCGAGGCCAUCCGCGCCAGCCGCGAGGAGAUCCACGAGUACCGGCGCCAGCUGCAGGCGCGCACCAUCGAGAUCGAGGGGCUGCGCGGCGCCAACGAGUCCUUGGAGAGGCAGAUCCUGGAGCUGGAGGAGCGGCACAGCGCGGAGGUGGCGGGCUACCAGGACAGCAUCGGGCAGCUGGAGAAUGACCUGAGGAACACCAAGAGUGAGAUGGCGCGCCACCUACGGGAGUACCAGGACUUGCUCAAUGUCAAAAUGGCUCUCGACAUAGAGAUUGCAGCCUACAGGAAACUGCUGGAAGGGGAAGAGACACGUUUUAGCACCAGUGGAUUGAGCAUUUCGGGUCUGAAUCCACUUCCUAACCCAAGUUAUCUGCUCCCACCUAGAGUCCUUAGUUCGACAACCUCAAAGGUCUCGUCCACUGGGCUGUCCCUUAAGAAAGAGGAGGAGGAGGCUUCCAAGGAGGUGUCUAAGAAAACCUCCCAGAUAGAGGAAAGUUUUGAAGAAAUAUUGGAGGAGACAGUAAUAUCUUCUAAGAAAAUUGAGAAAUCAAGUCUCGAAGAAAGCACCCUUUCGAGCCAAAAAAUAUAAUUAUGUUCCUUAAAAUUUUUCAUGCAUAAGAGGGAUAGUAAUAUGCACUUGACUCGUUAAACAGCCUGUUCCUAAACCAAAACACCUGUCACAGCGAUAUACUGUCUUCCAGGCUUCCGUCUCACAGCUAGCAUUCAAUCCUUUCUCUAGUCAGAUAACCAUCCCUUAGGUUGGAGCAAACUGCAAGCCUCGAACAGUCCUAGAGGAAUUCUCUAAGAAUCCAGCUUUCUCACCUAAUGCUCAGGCUUCACAGCAUAGAUGAUUCAGGUACAGAGGAAGUACGAACUAAGGUGCUAAAUCUGUGAUCAUUGUCAUAUGCUGCAAAUUGAGGUCAAACCUGUAUUCAUUCACUUAUCCACAGCCAUUAUCCCAUGAUAUUAUCUCACUUUCUGCACCUCCAACAUACAAUCACUGCCAAAAACAAGAGAAUUCCCCCAAGCCACUCUCCUGGAACCUGCCACCAACAGUAUGUUAAUCCCAUAGAGCCUUUUCUCCCCACUAGGGAAAAAAACAACAAACAGACUGGUAAUAACCUUGCCUUUCAAACACAUUAAGAUUUUUCUCAAAAGAGCAUUUCCCCUUCAGCCCUCUGGGGGUAAAAUUAGAUGCAUGUUGGCCAUUUCUAAGAUUCGUGUAAAACUGCUCCCCGCCCACUUCAUUCUGUAGGUGUAAGAAAAUGGCAGUGGUAAAUUUUACUAGUUGCCCCAAGAAAUGAAAUAAUGAAGAAUCCCUGGAUUUUAGACCUUCUGCUUAUUUUAAACCCAUUGCAUUAGAAAACUACUAAGAAUGUAGCAUUGUGACCUUAAGUUUAGAAGCUCACUAAUAGUUGAUCCCAGGCUAUGGCCACAGAAACCUUAGAUUGAGUAGUAAAAGCUAGAAACGGUGAGUGUUUGUCUGAAUGGGAAAAGUGAGGGUCUCAUUUAUCUGUGUCAGUUCAUUGUGAUGGUCCAGAAUUAGCUCAGAUGCAGUAUCCAAAGGCCCCUCUCCCCUUAGUCUAGGUCUGAAAGACACUUUGUUUUCACUCUCCUCUGCCUUUUAAAAGUACUAAAUGCGGGCUAUAUUUUAUCACCAGGACACAAUGCUACUACCCCAAAAGUUAGUCACUUCUGGUCAAUGAACACCACCAGCAAAUAUGAGGGAAAAAAAAAAAGGAAAAGAAAAGAAAAGUUGUCUUUUUUUUUUAAUUAAGAACUUUGCCCAGCAGUUUGCUGCAGCUUCCUAGUCGGGGGCUCCCUUCCCCAAUGGAUGGGAAGAAAUAGCCCAGAGAGGGGACGCGUGUGCUCUUGCUCAUGUGCUAGGAAGCAGACUCUGAGGUCAGCUUCUCACCCACCCCGUCUGGGAGCAGCUGCAGCACCUGGCCUUCCAGCGUGCGAGGUCUGAUAGUCCAUUCUCUGCCAGCAGUCAGAGCUAAAGCGUUGCCCUGUGUCUGCCACCCACCUCCAUAAAGCACACUGGGGAUAAGGAUGCCACGCUCUUCCUCGACUUUUCUUACCCUAGCACACGCUUCAAUACUCCAAGGAACUUGAAAUACACUUCUCUCCCUUUUCCUUCUGUGGACCAUCUCUUGCCCUUUCUCCCUACACUUACUGAAAAAUGUUAGUAAAAAUAGGAAUUAAAGUGACAUGAAUCCCAUCCAAA